AAGCGCAGCUAACUCUCAACCUCCGAUCCUCAUCUUCAGCUGCUGCGCUUCAGCUCCGGUCGAGAGCCAACAAUUGAAAUCGCGGGAAGCAAUCGACGCCUAGCAGGAGGCCACGCUCCAGAUCACAACUCCAAGAAGCAAUGAACGACUCCAGCAAUCGACUCCAGCCCGACUCCAAGCCAUCCAUUUUCUUCAGCAACUGACUCCAUGAGUCCAUGCCAUCGAUGUUCUCCAAGAUUCUAGGCAAUCGAUCAAUCAGCAAUCCCAGUCACAAAAAUAUAAAAAGGCCCCAUGUUCGCUGCUGCACUUACCGCUGCCGACGACCUGGGGAUGGAAACGCUGAGGUAGUGAAGCCGCAACAGCAACCUGAGCUAAAGAAGCUGGUUGAGAUGACCUUGAGCGAGCUGGAAGUAAACUCAAGACAUCAACUUGCAGGAUGCCUUCAAGGUGAUGGUGUCAACAUUAUUGGUGUUAAUUAUGGUUCUCCUGGCUCAUGCCUGUAUCCUCGGCCUUUAAAAAUUCUUUCUUGGUCAAAGAAAUUGGUCAGAAAGUGGUUCAACAUCAAGGGAAAAACUGAUGCAUUGCAGACUAAUGAAGUUGUAAAUGGAGCAGGAGUUCUGGAUAGCCUAAAUAAAGUGUGUUAGGAAGAUGUAUUAUUAAGUUGCAGGGGAUCAUGUAUCAACUGAAGAACCAUUCUUACUUCUUUCAUUACAGUUGCAAAGGAAUAGUUGCAAGCUAUUGCUUCCUCGGAGAGUAUUUCUUCCUUGGUUAGCCAAUAUAUAUGUUUGUGACUACUUGCAGCCAUCUGAAAUAAUUGAGGUGCUUUUAAUCUUUAUUACCCGUAAACUAUAACCUGCAAACACUUAGAAUCCUCCCCUCCUCCUCGGCCUGCAAACACUUUCAAUACGUGUUGUUUCCUCUGCUAUGAGUCUUCAGGUUCUUCAGUUAUUAAUUUUCACACUCCAUAUUAUUCUGCCAGGCUUUUACUUAUGUUCUUAAAUUAAAAUCCAUUUUUUCUGUAUGGUUCUUCAGAGUACUUCAGAUAUUUUAUUGGCUGCUGAAGUAGUGAUAUACAUACCAAUAAACUAAACAAUAGGUUUGAAUCUGUUUUCCGAUUUAAAAGAGGAUGAGUUUGGUGCAAUAUUGAAUCAUCACAAUCAUAGUUAGGAGUUCAUUUGAGUUAGACAUAAUACAAAGUUAUAGGCUCUUCAAAUAUUUUUGUUCAAGUUUUUUAUUGUGCUCUCAAUGACCUUUUAGUAUGAACCAAAGUUCGGGAUUUUUAAAUGUCAUCUCACUCUCUCACCAGUAACUACUUUUGCAUUUCCCGCAUUGAAAAUGGCACUUGUUCAUAUAUGAUGUCUGAGGACAGAUGUUUCUUGAAGGCUUGCUACUACAUGUGUGGCUUUUGAAGCUGAUCAAAUCUCAGGGCUGCCUUGAAGAAACCAUGGGGAAAAGGGAGCACGUGUUGUUGAUUACUUCCAUAAGAAUGCCGUUGUCGGGGCUUGGCACUUAAAGAUUGUUUUAUGUUCUAUAGACCGUGUUUUAUCUCAAUUCUAGCUAUAAUUGUAACUUGUUUUGUUUUUUGAGUUGUACUUAAUUACAUUUAUGAUUUCCGGGGUAUGUCCCUAUGAAUCAUGUACAUUCAUAUGAAAUCUUGAGAUAUAAAUAAAAUGUUUGAGAUUUUGGUUAAUGUUAAUGUUUUGGUUUAUUUGUA